UUCUCAUUUCCUUCCCUCCUUCCUUCCUUCCUUCCUUCCUUUCCUCACCUCUCCACCUAUACACAAUCUGCUGAUCAGAGGUCAGUGAGUGUGUGUGUGUGAACAUGAACAUGCGUCCAUCUCGCCACCAGAGCUCGCAUGUGAGCCACUACUGGACACACACGCACACACACGCACGCGCUAACAUGCACGUGCACACGCACAUAGUGAGGGGUUGAGAUGCUCGACCCAACAACAAAAAAAAAAGAAUAAAAAAAUAAAAACUUCCAGACUCAAGCAGCUCGUGAGAAAGUUUAUGAAACAGCAGAUCUGACCGAUACCCUCCUGCAAGCACACACAUACACACACACACAUGCACAUCAAUCUGUGUGUGUGUGUGUGUGAUAAAAGUCAUUCCCAGCCAAUCACACCCUCAGUCCUGCAGGGAGGUCCUCUCUGAUUGGCCCAGAGGGCUGUCAGUCACAUGAGAGAGAGGGCGGUGCCAGGACUUGGAGAGGCUGACCUGGAGAGUCUGAUCCACAGUCGCUUUUACGCACAAGACCGGACAGUCUGCUUUGGCACGCACGGAUAACAAGAGAGUGUGUGUUUGUGGAUCCGAGUGGAAGAAGAGGAGGAAAAGUGAGAGGAAAACAAGUAGAAAAAGUGUUUUGCACAAGUGGAAAAAGAAAGAAGAAGAAGAAAACUGAAGGAGAGAGUGCACUUUUUCCACCACCUCCAUGUCGCUCCCCGGCUCCCCUCCGCUCCUCUCGCCGGGCUCAGGCGCUCCAACUCCGGCCACGCUCUACCGCUCUGCACCGGACGCGCUCCACACCUCCGGCACCUCCAGCCCUGCGCACACCAACACCAACUCCCACUCCCACUCUCUGUCUCCACGGCUCACCAGCAGCAUGCUCAGCGCGUUCCUCCCUGGACCCGGACCAGGAGGCGCACUGUCCGGACUGGGUAACGGCGGUGCAGCCCCUCUGGUCUCCGGAGGAGGCGGUGCAGCUCUGGGUGCUCUCGGCUCCCCCGGCAUGGUGCACACUUCUUCCGGCUCCACGGUGCUCUGCAGCGAGUGCAAACUAGUGGAGGUGCACGGAGUCAAAGUGGCCAGCUUCAGCGUGGACGGACACGAGCUCAUCUGCCUGCCGCAGGUGUUCGACCUGUUCCUGAAGCACCUGGUGGGCGGCCUGCACACCGUCUACACCAAGCUCAAGAGGCUGGACAUCGCGCCGGUGGUGUGCACCGUGGAGCAGGUGCGGGUCCUGCGGGGGCUCGGAGCCAUCCAGCCGGGCGUCAACCGCUGCAAGCUCAUCUCCAGGAAGGACUUCGAGAUCCUGUACCAGGACUGCACCAGCGCCAGCUCUCGUCCGGGCCGUCCUCCGAAGCGUUGUUCUGGUGCAGGGAUCCAGGAAAGCCCCAGGCUGCUGCACCCGGGCCUCCCCGGCCUGCUGUCCCCCAACCUGCUGUCACACACCGGCCUGACAGCGGCAGCCAUGGCCGAGCUCCAGAAGCUGCAGAAGAUGAAGAUGAUGAUGAGUCUCCAGAACGGCAACGAGUCGGACAACGACGACUUACACUCCAACACAGGAGGGAGUGAGUGUUCUUGGGAUAAGGAGCGUCUGACCAGCCCGCCUGCUGGAGUCCACGGUGGAGGACCAGGAGGUGGAGGAGGACAAGUAGGACCAGGAGGUGGUGCAGCUGGAGGAGGAUGUGGGAGGGGGCCGAACAUCGGAGCUCUCAAUCAACAACAACUCCAGCAACAACAACAGCUACUGGCCAACAGGUUGGACCUGCCCUUCAUGAUGAUGCCCCACCCUCUGCUGCCCAUGGGCCUGCCGCCUGCGUCUGUUGCCAUGGCGAUGUCACAGAUGAACCACCUCAACACCAUCGCCAACAUGGCCGCGGCAGCCCAACAGAUACACACUCACGUACACCGGGCGCCCGUCAUCAAGGAGAGAGUGUGUGACAGUCCCUCUCUCUCUCCAUCUGUUGAUGAGACCAACACUCCUCUGCAGUCGCAGCCCAGCAGCUCGGCCUCCAGCUCGCCCGAAAGACUCGGUACAUUCACACCAAACUCCAGAUUGGUGUCAGCUGAUGCAGAUGUUGCGAUGACCAACCCUGCUGCACCCAUCAAGAAAAUAACAAAGGACAAAGAAGAGUCCUCGCUGGCUCAGGCCCUGCCCCCCGGCUUCCCCGCUCCGUUCCUAUUCGCUGACGGCCUGUCGUCAGUGGAGACCCUGCUCACCAACAUACAGGGCCUGCUGAAGGUGGCGGUGGAGAACGCCCGGGUUCAGGACAAACACAUCCAGGCGGAGAAGCGAGAGCUGAAGAUGGAGCUCUACAGAGAACGAGAGAUGAGAGAGAGUCUUGAACGACAGCUCACCUCCGAACUACAGAGCAGAGCCUCCAUCCAGAAGCGUCUGAAGAAGGAGAAGAAGGCCAAGAGGAAGCUGCAGGAGGCGCUGGAGUUUGAGUCGAAGAGGAGGGAGAGGGUGGAGGACGCCCUGAAGCACUCGUCCUCGUCCUCCCCGUCUCCUGAGCCGCUGCACGCCGCCAACAACAACAAGAACGACGCUGCUGUAGCCGAGGAUAAACCUGAACUUAAUGGAAACCAGCAAGACAACGGCGCUGUACAAGACUCCCGGUCGUAUCUGAAGACCCCCAUGAUGUUCUAGAAACUCCGCCUCCAGAAGCCCCGCCCCCUUCCCCAUCAAUCCUGCACAGAAGAACUCCACCAGCUCGCUUCCACGGCAACCUGGAUUCACCACGGCAACCACCUUCCCCCGGCGGGAUACAAAUCUUUGCAAACUUUUUUUGAUGUUGCUAUGAAACAAUGAGACUACUAAAGGAGGGCGCUCACCCCUGAUUUGGACUCACUGGGGGGGUGGCGCCUCUCUCUUGCUCGCUCUACUUCCUUCUUCUUCUUCUUCUUCUUCUUCUUUUUAGACACUCCAUUCAUUCCUCUUUUUCUCUCCCUGCACCGGGACAUCCCUCGUUUGUUUUGAAAAACUGAAAAAAUAAAAAUCCGAGCAAAUGCAAGGAAGAAAAACGGACAUCGACUUGGUUCGGAUUAAUCUGAUUGGAAGACUUUUUUUAAAACGGUCCAAUCACACGAAGCGUCCGACGACGAGACAAGAACGGGUUCAUGAAAAGACUAAGAAAUGGGAAAAGUAAUAACUCUGGAUUUGACGUAACAUCAGUCAUCGGCCGGCUGUCAACACCCCCUCUGAUUGGACGGUAAUCAGCUAAUCUGAGGAGCUCAGGACGGGAGGAAAAAAGAAGUGUAAAAAAAAAAUAUUAGGAAAAAAGACGGAGGAAAACAAGUUGGGAGGCUAUUUCUGUCUUUCAUUCAUUUUUGUUUUCCGUACAGGGACUGAAAAGAAUGCAUGGGAAAACUUUCCUUAUGUUGUCAUUUGGCUUAUUUUAUCCUCCGUACCUCCAACUCUCUCUUCGCUUCAUUCCUCCUUAUAUCUCUCGCUUCUUCUAUAUCUCUUUUUCUUUCUCUCUUUACUCUGAAAAUGUUGGAUGCAGCUUUUCAAUGUAUGAAGUAUUUUCUAUCACCCUUAAUAACCUGUGAAAUUCUCAAAUGAUGCAAAAGUUUAAAAAAAAAAAAACGAACCCUUUUUUUAUUACGAUGGAGUGAUUUUUAGACACGAUAUUAUAUCCUUAAAAAAAAAAAAAAAAAAGGUACGUUGAAUUCUCUUCCUCUUCGACUUUUCACCUUUUGACCCCCGUGACCAGGAAGUAGUAGUUGAGUUUCUGGUGUUUGUCAAAUUAAAAAGACGAGGAGCGCUUGAUUCGUCUGUUUUUAAAAUGCAAACUUUAUCACGACUUUCCAUAAAAACUCUUUUUUUUCCCCCGUUGAAGUGACGAAGAGUACUUCAGGUGUUGAAAUCAAGCGCUCCUCAGCGACGUCAAACACGAUAAACUGUUUAUUCCCCCUGAUUUUCUGACCUACUAAGAGUGCAGACUGUUGUGUUGCAGUUUCGUUUAUUCCACUGCGUGUUUUAUUUGUUUGUUUAUUUGUUGAUUACUAUUUGAAAUGUGUACGGGAGGGUUGAGGGGGGCGGGUGGCGGUCGGGGCGGGUGGGGAUUGGGGUUAAAGGGAUAUUCCGUGUAGAUAGAAACAAACAUUCAGCUGUUUUUUCUUGUUUUAUUUUUAUUAUUAUUUUGUUUUCUCCUGAUGAUCUCUCAGUCUGUCACUGUUUCUGGGUUUGAGCUGACUGCAAAUAUACAGUAUUAUAAUGA